GAAAUGAAAUCGAUGUCCCAUUCGCGCGUUGGUUACUGCAAAAAAAAGGACAAGAAACUAGAAAAAACAAUCCAAUUUUCAUUUUCGUGGAGCAUGUUCCAGAAAUUUAUUCCUUUUUAAUACCGUAAAACACAGAAAAAUUGAAUAGAAAAUACACGGUCUAUAUAUAAAAAUCACCUAGGGAAUUAAAAUAAGAACAAGAUGUCGAAGAAAAUGUCUCGCUACCCCACUGACCGAAAGGUGUAUGUCGGUGAUUUAGGCAACAGUGCUCGAAAAAAUGAAUUGGAAUAUGCAUUCGGUGCUUAUGGACCUUUACGCAGUGUAUGGAUAGCACGUUCACCUCCAGGUUUUGCCUUUGUUGAAUUUGAAGAUGCUCGUGACGCAGCAGAUGCUGUUAGAGGUUUAGAUGGUCGAACAAUUUGUGGCCGUAGAGCUCGAGUGGAAUUAUCAACAGGCAAAAGUACCAAGCCAGGACGCAGUGGUGGUGAACGCAGAGGGGGUGGUGCAACUGAACGCUAUGGUGGCGGGGGAGGAGGUGGCGGUCGUGGUAUUGGCGGUGGAAGUCGAAAUGGCGGUGGGGGCGUUGGCAGCAGUGGAGCUGGUGGAGGAGAUAGUAAAUGCUAUGAUUGUGGUGAUCGUGGUCAUUAUGCCCGGGAUUGUCAUCGACAUGGUGGACGCAGCAGGAGGAGACAUUCCCGCAGUCGCUCACGCAGUGUAUCACGAGGCCGUCGGUCUCACUCAAGAUCAGCCUCACGUUCACGCAGCCGCUCAGUUUCUGCAACUAGAGAAACUACACGAAAAUCUAGAGAGGUAUAUGGGCGAUCUCGUGAAAAUGGACGCGAAAAUGGAGAAACCGCUUACAGAUACAGUGAUGAGGAUCGCAAUGGAGCCGGAGGUCCUACCGUUGCCGAUUCACCAUCGCCAAAAAGACGUUAUGAACACGAUUCACCGUCGCCCAAGCGCAUUACUCAUUCAAAACGUAGUCGCACAGAGUCUUCACGCAGACAUGGCGGCGGCGGAGGUGGUUCCUCGAUUUCACGUUCACGCUCAAAUUCCCACAGAGAUUAGCAAUUAUUGAGCAAAAAUCAAGUGGCAGCAUAUAUAAAAUGAAAACAUUAUAUAAUUUCUACCACAAACACACACACACACACAUAUAUUUAUAUAUAUAUAUAUAUAUAUUUUUUAUUUCGAUCAACCACAUCAUCCUUUUAAACUAGACCUCAUAAAUAGCUGCUAGCAAGGUAUAGAAAUUAGGAAAUAGAUGUUAAUCGGGACAAAACACACCACACCAUCAAUAAAACAAAACAAAACAAACAAAAAAAACAACCAUUCAAAUACACUGUCCCUAAGCUGAGUGGACAGAGCAGUAUUCAAUGAUGAUGAAAAAAAAAGACUUUGUAAUUGCAAAUACUUUUUCUCUAAUUUAAUUAAAAAUUAUACAUAUAUUCUUUCUACUUUGUAUAAGUUUAUUGUAAACACUUUUAUUUUUCUUUAUUUGAUAAUUUUUUUAUUCUGGACAAAGCUGUUUAAAGAUUUUUAAUUUAUUUUUUUUUACAAACUAAAAACCUACAACAAACAGCAGCCUAGGCCAAAUCAAACAAAAGUCAAAUCAUUAUACAUUUAUAGUAAUAUGCAUAUAUAAAUUAAAAUGAAAAAGAGAAUAACAAAGAUGUCAUUGAAAAUAAAUCUGAAAUCGAUCAUAUGUAUGAGAACACACAAUUAAUUCCCUUACUUUAACUUCCCCCACCUAACCACAAUUUUACCAAAAAUAUUCUGUUUUUUUUUUAUAUAGCCAGAUUUUUUAUUUUUCCCAUACAAGGAUUGUUUUAUGCACAAUCUUUUCUUCCUCUAAUCGAAUCACUUCCAUUUUAUUGAUAUCGAGGGAAAUUUGGUAAACAGAAAAACACACAAAUGAAAAUGCAUUACAGCAAUAGCUAGAUAGGAUACACGCGCUGGACGUGGGAAUAGGCGGACUUUUGCCUAAAAUAGCUGAAUGAAGAAAACUCCAGUCCAUUGGGGUUCUGCCCCGAUUUGCCUGUCUUCUCACGAUACAUUUGUCCUUUUUUUUCCUGUGUAUUUAAUUCAACUGCCUUGCACAAUACUCUUUGUAUUUUCUCUCCUAAGAAAAACACGGUGGUUCUAAGAUGUCCAAGUAAAGCGGCUAGCGACUGGAGUUGCGUAACCCCACCUAACAACCUAAACUAACCUAGUCAAUGUCGGCGUAGAGACUCCCAUAGUCUCCUUUCUCGCAGAAUAGUAGAUCGAUUGUGGAUUGCCACCCAACUUCAGCUGAGUUGCCAACGUAAAUUUUUUUUAUAGAAAUGUCAAUUUCUGCAUUGAAUUGCAUACUUUUUAUACCCUCCACCAUAGGAUGGGGGCAUACUAAUUUCGUCAUUCUGUUUGUAACUCCUUGAAAUAUUCGUCUAAGACCCCAUAAUGUAUAUAUAUUCUUGAUCGUCAUGACAUUUUAAGUCGAUCUAGCCAUGUCCAUCCGUCUGUCUAUCGAAAGCACGCUAACUUUCGAAGGAGUAAAGCUAGCCGCUGGAAAUUUUGCACAAACACUUCUUUUUAGUGUAGGUCGGUUGGGAUUGUAAAUGGGCUAUAUCGGUCCAUGUUUUGAUAUAGCUGUCAUAUAAACCGAUCUUGGAUCUUGAUUUCUUGAGCCACUCGAGCGCAUAAUUCUUAUCUGAUUUAUCUGAAAUUUUGCAUGAGAUGUUUUAUUAUUACUUCCAACAACUGUGCAAAGUAUGGUUGAAAUCGGCCCAUAACCUCAUAUAGCUGUCAUAUAAACCGAUCUUGAAUCUCGACUUCUUGAGCCUCUAGAGGGCUUAAUUCUAAUCCGAUUUGGCUGAAAUUUCACAUGACGUGUUUUGUUAUGACCUCUAACAACUCUGCCAAAUAUGGUUCAAAUCAAUCCAUAGCCCGAUAUAGCAGCCAUAUAAACCGAUCUGGGAUCUUGACUUCUUGAACCUCCAGAGGGCGUAAUUACUAUCCUAUUUGGCUGAAAUUUUGUACAACCGCUUCUCCCAUGGCCUUCAACAUACGUGUCAAAUAUGGUCUGAAUCGGUCUAUAGCCUGAUGCAGGUCCCAUAUACACCGAUCUCCCUAUUUCACUUCUUGAGCCCCUAAAGGGCACAAUUCUUACUCAUAUUGUCUGACAUUUUACACAUUGACUUUUACUAUGGUCUCAAACAUUCAAUACAGUUAUGGUCCGAAUCGGCCCAUAACUUGAUAUAGCUGCAAUAUUAUAGCAAUUCUUUUCUUUUAUCCUUUGUAUGCCUAAGAAGAGAUAUCGGGAAAAAAACUCUACAAAUGCGAUCUAUGGUGGAGGGUAUAUAAGAUUCAGCCCGGCCGAACUUAGCACAAUUGCCCAUCUGCUUUCGCAAGUAUCCAUGCUAUAAGUUUUGCUCAGUGUGGUUGUAUCCGUGUCUUAUUUUAUCGGUGGCUUUGUUCCUCGGAUACCCCAAACACAGCUCAUCUGCAAAUGCAAAUUUUGCCCAUGAACAUUCCACUAAGGAACAGGGGCAAACUUCUCACAUAUCAAUGAGUGCAGUCCGAUUCAAGUUAAAGCUCAAUGAUAAGGGGCCUCCUUUUUGUAGCCAAAUCCGAACGGUGUGCCGCAGUGCGACACCUCUUUGAAGAGAAGUUUUACAUGACAUAGUAUCUCACAAAUGUUGCCAGCAUUAAGAGGGGAAAACCACAGCUGAAAAAUUUUUUCUGAUGUUCUCGCCAGGAUACGAACCCAGGCGUUCAGCGUCAUAGGCGGACGUGCUGCGCUAUGGUGGACUGCCCAUCUGGUUUAGCAAAUAUCCGUGCUUUUGCUCUCUAUAAGAUCUAAAGUAGUAUCCAUGUUUUUUUUCUUGUUUUAUCUGUGGCAUUCUUUCUGAUCUGAUCCUCAUCAAGCUUCUUUAGGUGAGCAAACUUGUUCCGGUCGUGACGCCAAUAACUCGCCUUGUCAUAUCGAGCAUCAUAGGCACUCAGUAUAUGUACAAGAGCCGGUUCCGCUCGACCCCUCACUGAGACUCUCCGUUCGAUACCGCUGAUUGUUCGCGACAGCCGGUGCAGCUACACCGUAGGGAGCAUUCCACUAUCCGUAAUCUGUGGACGCGGUUGAUAGCUCGCAGCAUCAUAGGCACUCAGUAUUUGUACAAAAGCCGGUUCCGCCCGACCCCUCACUGAGACUCUCCGUUCGAUACCGCUGAUUGUUCGCGACUGCCGGUGCAGCUCCUCCGUAUGGAGCAUUCCACUAUCCGUAACCUGUGGACGCGUUUGGUAGCUCGCAGCUUCAUAUGUACUCAGAAUUUAUGCAAGAGCCGGUUCCGCCCGACCUCUCACUGAGACUCUCCGUUCGAUACCGCUGAUUGUCCGCGACUGCCGGUGCAGCUACUCCGUAUGGGGCAUUCCAGCUUACGGCUAAGCCUGUCGUGACAGCAAUGAACACCACACAGAUCGUAUCUCAAUAUUUCAGCCCGUGUGGUGCUCACAGCUAUCCCGUGACGGGGUACGUAGCGGAUGAUCCCGAUAAAGUCCUUCAUUGGCAAAGGCUGCCGCCUCUGUGUACAUUCACACUGCUAUAACAACAACAGUAGAUUUUUUCUCUCGCUUUGACUGGCCUAUUAUCUCUCUCGCUUUGACUGGCCUACUAUGCCAAUAGCAUAGACGUUCAGCAUGCAUUAGAGCCAAUAUCGUGUGGCGUUUGUUCAAAAUCUACAGACUGGCUUUGGUUCGGGGAGGUUCUUUUCCGUUUUAGUCAAGUUUGUCGGGGACAGUUUGUUUUGCAGGGAUGCCAAACAUAGACAUGGCUUCGAAUAUUCUGCAAAAUUUCAAGCGGCUAUCUUUAUAGGUGCGAACGCAAUCUUCAGAAUGUCAAGACGUAGCCUGUCCUAUUUAUAAGCGCCAUCAUUAAGGUGUCAAGUCCUGGGACCCACAGAGAGUUUAGCUCGGUUAGAGAUUAGAAUGUGUCUUAUAACGCUGAAAGCCUUAUUUCGAAACCUGGUGAGAACAUCGGUCUCAGCGACGCAGCCAUGUCGCUCUAAAUAAUACUGUCCGAUUUAAGUUGUACUAAAACUCGAAUCGGCCAAAAAUUUGUAAUUUUGCCUCGGACCAACAAUACUUUCGCUGGCUGUAGUUUUCUAAUGGAUGGGACAAUCACCACUUUAUCGCAGACGUUUGCAUGUCUGCUUUACCGUUGCCUCGGGCCAUCCCUUAAUAUGGUUGAAGCCUUAGCUGCAGCAAGCCUUUUAAUUACCGUGAUGACAAGCAGAUUUGCCAGAAAGGCAUUUAGAUUCCUGGCUGGCCUCGGACAUCAGUUGUUUUGACGAUGAUGGGGAAGGAUGUAAGUGACAGACGCACCAAAGGCCUUCUUGAGACCUAGCGUUACUCGGUGGGUACGAUGGUGUGCGGCACUCGAUGCAUCGUAAAACAGGAGAAGUGUGGUGCCAAGCUAUCCGCAAUGCUCCAGAAACUAGAAAAGGAAAACGUGGUGCGGGGUGGCAUCUAGAGCUGUCGGCAGGCCUCUUGAAACUAGAACUUGCACAAGACGCGCCGGCUGGAGUUGUUGACAAGCCACCAGAGACGGAUAAGACACGGCGUGAGGAGUUAUCUUCAAGCUAGCAGAAACUAGACCUGUAUGGCGGCUGGAGCUUUAGAUUCGAACCUCGUUUCCUAGUUCCUCGGUUAAGGUCGAUUACUUUUUCUGUCUAGUGAAAUUGUGUUAUUUUUUCUGUUUGCUACGAUUAAGGCAAUUGAUUUUUUGUUUUAAAAUCUUAAAAUGUGGUUUGGAUCAAACAGACCUUUUCCUCAGCAGACAAACAUAGCCAGUACAUACACAUCCAUACAUUUCCUAUGACAUAUUAUAAUUUGGGAUUACAAAUGAAAUUGUAACAUUAAGCCUAAAUUUGAUCAAUAAAAAAAAUUCCAAAUGAA